CUGUUGUCCUUGCUUAAUAGGUAUCUCAUCUCGUCCUGUCGAUGUCAAUGUUGUUUUGUUGAUAUUAUUUAUUUCUCGAAGCGCUAAUUUACAAUAUUUUAUAUAAAAUUAAAUUAAUUUAUCAUUUUAAAAAAUUUCAUCUUCAUGCAAAAUGUCAGAUUUACUUGAUUCGGAAAACGUAGACAGUGGUCGUAUGUGUCGUCCCAGUUUGGCACAGGUGAAUGCAAUGGUUGAUUUUAUGGAAAAACAUCCAGACCUAGCUUCCAAGAAACUUCGCCAUGGAGUAAGCCAUCAGAAAUCUAAGAAAAGAUGGGAAGAAUUAUCUAGUAUCGCAAACUCAAUCGAUGGAUCUGUAAAAUCUACUAAAGGCUGGAUAAAGUUUUGGUCAGACAAAAGAAGGAGUAUCGUGUUGAAACAGAAGCAAAUAGAAAAAGGAAAAUCAAGUGGAUCACUUUCAGCAUUAGAGCAGAAAAUUAUAGAUUUAAGUGAGGGCAAACCCGCUACAGGAAGGAAAAAGAGAAGUGUCAAAGAAGAGCCAUGCAAUGGAGAUGACGAAAAUGGUUCACUUGAUGAUAUGUUUGACAAAGAUGAUGAAUUUGACACAUUCCCCAGUGAGUCUGAAGAACGGCAGCUAGGCAUGAUGGAAAAAUUGGUGGAUGUCAUGGGUCAACAGGCAACUGCCAUGUCGCAGGUGGCGCAGGCGUCACUUGAUAAUUCCAAAGCUCUGGGACGACUCGCAGACGCAGCACAUGUCCAAGCCCUAGCAGUCAAUCGACUUGCAAGCACGUUUGAAUCAAUCAGUUCGUCGGUACACGACAUGAGAAAUGCUUUGAUGGGCAUCGACUACACAAUGAAGAGAUGUUACGGCUCGACUGCAGCAGAACUUUAGGAUCUCUUUAAAAUCUAUAACGGAAUAAGUGAAUCUCUGAGUAUUUUAUAAAGUAUGUGUAAUCCCACCUUUAUUAUUAGAAUCGUUAUGUGAUCUUUUAAAGUCUUUUGUCAUAGUGUAUUAUAUUUAAAUGUGAUUGUAAAUAAUGAAUUGAAUUUUGUAUUAUACUUAAGUAUUAGAUAAUGAUUUUAUAUA